AAUCAAGGUAUUCAAACUCUUUUAAAAGCUGAAAGAGAUGCUCACAAAAUUGUUUCCGAAGCUAGACAAUAUCGUACUGGGAAAUUAAAGGCAGCCAAAUUGGACGCAGCUAAAGAAAUUCAAGAGUAUAAGAAAAAGAAAGAACUAGAAUUAAAAAAAUUUGAAGAAGAACAUAGCGGAUUGAAUAUCAAUGCUGAUAAGGAGGCGGCUGCUACAGUUCAAGCUGAGGUUGAAAAAUUGAAGGAAACAGCUGCUCAAAAGAAAGAUGAAGUUGUAAGUUUGUUAGUCGAGGCAGUUAUUAAACCAACACCAGAGAUCCAUGUUAAUGCUUUAUAA